CGCCGCGCUGGGGCUGCGGCAGCGCCGGGGCAGCGGCGGGAUGAGCCCUGCGGAGUGAGCGCAGCCCCGCCUGACGCCCCGCGCCGCUCUCGGCUCCUCCGCCCCGCCCGCCUCCGCUCUGGCUUCGGGCCCCUUCUCUCUGCGCUGCGGCGGGCGGAGGCGGCGGAAGGAGAAGCCCAUGGAGGGGAACCGGGACGAGGCCGAGAAGUGCAUCGGGAUCGCGCGGGAGGCGUUGGAGGCCGGGAACCGCGACCGCGCCCUCCGCUUCCUGGGCAAGGCGCAGAAGCUCUACCCGACGGAGACGGCCCGAGUUUUGUUGGAAGCUAUUAUGAAGAAUGGAAGUACUGCUGGGGGAGGCGCUUACUGCCGAAAACCAGCCAAUAGCAGUGAUCAAAGUAAGCCCAAUAGCACGAAGGAGAGCAAUGCAUCUGCUGCAGGUGAAAGUGGAAAAGGCUACAACAAAGACCAAAUGGAAGGAGUAUUAAGUAUAAAGAAAUGUAAAAAUUAUUACGAAGUCCUUGGAGUGUCAAAGGAUGCAGGUGAAGAAGACCUAAAGAAGGCUUAUAGAAAACUUGCUUUGAAAUUCCACCCAGACAAAAACCAUGCACCUGGAGCAACAGAGGCUUUUAAAAAAAUCGGAAAUGCAUAUGCUGUGCUGAGUAAUCCAGAAAAACGAAAGCAGUAUGACCUUACAGGCAGCGAAGAGCAAACUUGCAAUCACCCUAGCAAUGGCAGGUUCAACUUCCAUAGAGGUUGUGAGGCAGAUAUUACUCCAGAGGACCUGUUCAACAUGUUUUUCGGAGGGGCCUUUCCAACAGGUAGUGUACACUCAUUUUCUAAUGGUCGUGCUGGCUACAGCCAUCCGAACCAGCACCGUCAGAGUGGGCACGAGAGGGAGGAAGAGAGGGGUGAUGGAGGUUUCUCAAUGGUCAUUCAGCUGAUGCCUAUUAUUGUAUUGAUCUUUGUCUCCUUGUUGAGCCAGUUGAUGGUAUCUAACCCUCCUUACGCCUUAUACCCAAGAUCAAGUACAGGGCAGACCAUAAAAAUGCAGACAGAAAAUUUGGGUGUCAUUUAUUAUGUCAAUAAGGACUUUAGAAAUGAAUACAAAGGAGUGUCAUUACAGAAAGUGGAAAAGAGUGUGGAAGAGGAUUAUGUGUCCAACAUUCGUAAUAACUGUUGGAAGGAGAGACAACAAAAAACAGACUUACUUUAUGCAGCAAAAGUAUACAGAGACGACCGGCUCCGAAAGAAAGCAGAGUCCAUGUCCAUGGAGAACUGCAAAGAACUAGAACGGCUGACCAGCCUCUACCGAGGAGGAUGAGCUACAGUUACACACACAUCUUACCUAGUCUCUUAUCUCUCCUGUAAACCGACAAGAGAUUUAGUUUCACCAUGGAUGCUGGAAAAGAGGGUGGAUGUAAAACUCUACUGUGUAGCUGUUUCCAGAAACCUUAUGCUGAAAUAUCAUUUAACGGCUUCUUUACCUACUGUGAAAUAUAGGUAACUUUAAUUGUCUAGAUUUUACUUCCAAGCUUCUGUGAAUUCUUUCAGCAGAGAGAAUAGCUCAGAAAGGAUGCUAUACUUGUAGAGACUUAGUCAUAGUGGUUCUCCUCUAACAUAUUUGCCAUGUAAAUAUCUGUGGAAAGAACACUUUGUGUAUAUACGAGUUAAAUGACUUUCUAUUUAAAAAUCUCAGAAAUUUAGUUCCAUACUACAUUUUGUCUCACUGAUGGAAUAAAUAGUAUGAUUACAUCACUCCUAUUCAGAUGUCAAGUGUGUGGAGUUGAAACAAUAAUUUUUAAUAUUUUAUCUCUAACUCUAUGUAAAAUCUUCUAGGUUUACCGCUUAGAGGAACUUGGUAUUUUUAAAUAUAAUGCCAUAUAUUCCUAAAUAUCUGUUGGGGUAUAUUGAUCUGGUGUAGAGUAGCAGUUUAGCUGUUGUAGUUUUUUAGCAUUUCUAAGCAAUGCUGAGAAAAAUAAGAACUACACUAAUCUCUUUUCAAAGUAAAUAUUUGCAAAUGCUGUACAGACCAUUAUAAACAUUGCUUUUAGUACUUGCAACAGUUUACAGCAGCUCUACCAUUUGGUAUUCCAGUAGUAGUAAAUCCAUAUGUAUGGUUAACAUGCAUCCAUAGCUUUCUUAAUUAUCACUGGAAAGGUAGAGGAAAACAUGCAACACUAAAAUCUUAACACUAAAAUAAAAAGGCAACCUAUUUUUUUUUUUCCUGGCAGGCUUCCAUUUUCUUACUACUUUUUUAUUUCAAGCUAGGUCCCAAUACUGAUUCUUCAAUGGGCACCACAAAUGGAACAGGGAAAUUUUGCUAAGGACAAGCUAUGUGCCUUUCAACCCUUUUGCCAAUUAUUUAAAUACGUUGCUGCUUUGCAGUGUGCUCCUGUGGUCAGAGCCCUAUCACUUUUCAGAAGAGGUAGGGUGUGCAUUUUUUGGGACCAGAAUGUAGCUGGACUGGCUUCCUAGAAAUGAGCAAGCCUACUGUUUGGCUCCUACAUGGAAGAUCAUGUAACUCAGUGGCCUGGAAAUGGAAGCUAUAUGUAGCCACACCUGCUGAUGCAAAGAGGUGUCCUGAAGCAGCUAAGUACAAUGUACUUAAAGUUUAUCAAAGUGUGUUGAAAAUGUUUUUAGGUUCAGUAGCUGAUGUUUUUUACAUUUUAACAGUGUUAUGCAGGGGAAUGUUUCUUGUAUUUGAGAAUGCCAGAUAGCUUGUAUUAUGGGCAAUAUAUUUUGUUUGAGAAAACUGUUCUUUGAACAAUGCUGUCAGUUCAUGUGGAGCCAAAUAUUUCUCCUAGAUUGAAAAUUUAAAUACUUUGUCUGACUUCAUGGCAAUUUCUUCUGAUCUAGAGCAGGAUGUGACUUUACAAAUACACUAAAUGCUAUUGCUUCAAGUGACCCAGAAAACAUUUUGCAUAUAUCUCUUUUCUAAAUUGUCUCAAUGGAAAUGUCUUCUCUUGAAUUGAUGUAACAUGAGACUGGCUGCAGACUUUUAACUAAGCAGCUAAACCAGCAUUCAAGGUAGACAUAAAAACCUGGGGCACAAAACAGAACCAGAAGUCCCUGAAACAACAACAACAAAAAAGGGUUGCUGUACUGAAUGUCCUUUCUAAGACUACAGUGAAAGGGUUCAGAUGUAAUAGAAAGGCAUCCAGUUGUUUGAAAUAUGCAAUCAAAAUCUUUGGAGAAAACGAGAUUCCCCAGAUUUUGUAACUGUCCAGAAUGUAUUCUAAUUAUAUUAAUGACAAGAAACUAUCGAAGUACAUCCUGGUACUCCUGUGUCUUCUUAAAGGAAGAAAAUUAUUCCAAAGGCUUUAAAAAGUACUUGGGCCUUCCUGUUUACAGUGAGUCUGAGCUUGCAAGUGAUCUUUUAGUUAACAGGAAGAAGGAUAUAUAACACAUUUAUCAAAUAUCGGAACUGUGAAGUCAGAGUGAACAGAUGGUCCUAGCAAAGCUGCAAAUAAUCCUAUGGGCUGUGUCUGCCCUGCAGCCACUUCUGGUGCAGGUGAGAAGUGGGGAAACGGACGGAUGCUGAGCUGUGUCAGCUUGGUUUGAUUGCGAUCAGUUCCUCUGCAAACUGGAAUAAUGUGGUGGCUGUGCCCUAUGGCAGCACAGACAUCCCAGAAGGUUAAAACUGCGACCUAGACUGCAACAUUUCAUUUGACUACCUAUUGCAAUUGGCACUUUCUGAGAAGGAACUAAUAUGUUUAUACUGGUGGAAGUAUGCUGCUUAGCAUUUAACAGAUUAAAUAGCUGCACGCUUUGAAAUACGGAGUAAUGUGCAAAAGGAUGCUGUGAUUUCCUGUGGCAUAAAGAUUAAGCUGCUCUAAAUAUGGCCUGCAAACAUUCUUUUAAUAUUUCAAGUGGGUGUUUUUCUCCUCA